GUCCUGUUGUGGCGCUGGGCGGAACAUGGCUUCGGCAUAUUUAACUCAUCAUCAGAAAGUCUUACGGCUUUACAAAAAAUCACUCAGGCACCUGGAGUCAUGGUGUAUAUUUAGGGACAAGUAUCGUUUCUAUGCUUGCUUGCUACGGGCUCGUUUUGAUGAGAAUAAACACGAGAAGGACAUGGUCAAAGCCACCAUGAUGCUCAAGGCUGGAGAGGAGGAAUUCUGGGCCAACCAGCACCCCCAGCCCUACCUUUUCCCCGACUCUCCGGGCGGAACGUCCUAUGAGAGAUAUGAAUGCUACAAGGUUCCUGAAUGGUGUCUGGAUACCUGGCACCCCUCUGAGAAGGCCAUGUACCCGGAUUACUUUGCCAAGAGAGAACAGUGGAAGAAACUGCGAGCUCAGAGUUGGGAAAGAGAGGUCCAGCAGUUGCAGGAGGAGACUACGGGUGAUGGACCCAAAUCAGAGGCCUUACCUCCGGCCCGUAAGGAAGGCGAGCUCCCCCCUCUGUGGUGGCAUUUUGUGACCCGCCCCAGAGAGCGCCCCAUGUAACUCUGACUACAGAAGAUGGGUCACGUACACACACGGGACAAACCUCAGCAUUAAGAUCCUUCUGCUGCUUCACAAGCACAAGCCUGCACUGGUUCAUGACCCUGUAAUAAUAGUCAGUAGUUUGUGGUGAAGCAGAAGUGUGUGAUUGUCAGAGUCAGUGAGGAGUCUGUAUCUGGCUGUCAGAGGACAUUUCUGUAUGUAUAGUGUCUGUGGUUAAACCACUGUAAUAAAU